AUGUUCCAUCCAAUAACCAUCCUUUGUGUGGUGCUGGAGUUGUCAUCUUUGCUUCGAAGUCUAAGGACGAAGCUUGGACUCAUCACCGACGCACACCUGUGGUCCCACUGUUUACAGCUGAAGGUGUGUUUCAGGAUAUGGAAGGAUUCAGGUUGGCUUUUGCUGGCUGGCAGAGGCAAUGAUCUAUGUUUCUUGGCUUCGUUGUUGAGAACUGUUUCCUCCAACUUCAUGUUCCUCCCGUGGCUGCCGGGCGGUCCACCGAUGUGCCAGGCCGUGUCGCGCGCCGCUGGGGCCUUGUUGAUACCUGUGUGGUCGGGCGUGCAGAACGAACUGGAUGUGGCAAGUAUCCUCAAAGCCGUGGAAGCAGCGGUGGUGCUCCAGGCCGACGGCACUGCGCUGCAGUCGGCGGUGCGGCAGCUGCUGUUGCUGCGGCCGAAGGACUUGGACGCGCCCGCGUGCCUUGCGCUGCAAGAACAGCUCAGUUUGAUGGGCGUUCACCCAGAGGAAGAUUUGAUGCUGGCGCUUGCUGACAUGAGGGGCGAUGUCACGUUGUACUCAUACUAG